AUGGCCGAUGACACUCCUCGUGUUUCUGGCCCCGGCUGUCUAGUCAGCAUCGAUGACAAAAACCUUAUCAACGGUAGCAGUAGCCACCUUGAUCUGGCCCGCGGGGAGCUUCAAGCCGUAAAGAAUGCCCUGCACCUUGAGGGUCCCCUUCGGGGCGAUCCCGGAACCCGCCUCUCUCCUGACAAGAAAUACUCAGCCCUUGACACUGGCUACAACAAUCUCGAUAGUCUUGUCUAUUCCCUUAAAGACGCCCUCGAGAAUGUCAAGGCUGCCAUGAAUCUUAUGAGAAAACGAUGGAGCGUUAUGCUGGGCUUUCGGAGAAGACAGCUGAGAACAGGAACCCCUGCCCUUGAGACCUUCAGGGCUGCUUACAGUGCUUCCCGAAAUAUAUUUCCAUGA